AUGUACGGCAAACGGGUGAGUCCAGAUGAUUAUUCUUUGUACGUGCCACAGCGGCCCCUCACCGCGGCAGAGUACAAGGUGCGAAACCGCACGGAACCGUACAUCAUAUUGCAAUCCACGGAGAGUUCCCCGCUAUACUCCUCCUUUGUGCGCAAUGGGUACAAUGCUCACGCGCAUCUCAGGUGGGUGCGUGGGAAGAACGACUUUGACAGGCAGCUGAACUCCGCCCGACACCACCUCUGCGUGCUGCAGCGAAUAGAGCAGAUGAACCAGGCUAGGGAGUACUAUGGACGGCACGUGCGAACAGGGUUUCUGCGAAGCCCCUCAGUGGACUUUAGCAGCCUAGCCACAACCUUGACCUCAACAAGGAGUGCCACGACACCGUUGUCUUCACCCAGCCGGUGCAGAGUGACAGAGAGACAAACCCGCUCCGCCGAACCCUCACACCGUUUCUGGCGCAGCGCACUUAUCUCUAGUGCCGCCGGUGGAUCCCGCCGCCCGGAGUCAUCCUCCUCGGCGGAGUCCGCCCCGCAUAACGCAGGCUGCCCCAGGCUCGCUUCAGCGUCCUUGCCACUGCCGCCGCUUGUCCGGGUGUGUCACACAUGCCUCGUUGCUCGAGGUGAGGCAGAAGACCCCGCGGUGGAGCAGCUGGUUAAGGCCGCCUCAGGUUUCACUUCUCGGUGUCCACCGAGGCGGAAGUCGAAUGCAAACAAUACACUAAGUCGUCGCUCUGACGAACGCCUGAUGCGUCUCCUACGUGGGAGUGUUACGGUGUACUAG